UGAAUUCUACAUCCUCAGAGUUCACUUUAACAGAUUUGGAAAUUGGAAUACUGUGCACUGUCAACGUUGUAUUCAGUAUCGUUGGCUCGUUGGGUAACAUACUCAUCUGUUUCGCUUUUCUACGUUUCCCGAAGCUCAGGAACACGAUGAAUAUUUUUAUCCGAAGUUUAGCAUGUUCAGCAUUGCUUGUGUGCUUGCUGGCGCAACCAAUGUACGCCGUGAGUCUGGUGAAACAUUACCAACAAGAGUACAUAGCGAACGUGUUUGAGACAGUACGGAAAUGCUUUUCGUGGAUUUCGCUUCUGGCAUCUGCUGGGAAUUUAUUUGGAGUGACUUUGGACCGUUAUUAUGCGAUAAACAAACCUUUUAGAUACAGCGAGGGAGGAAGACGAAACGCUUAUAUAUUUGUCGCAGCUGUUUGGUUCAUUGCCAUUGCUUUGGGAACAAGUGCAGUUUUCGAAACGACUGUUAGAAUGGUCAUUCUAGUGUAUGUAUUUGUUACAGUCAUAUGUUUGAUUCUUCCAUUGUAUACAAGAAUCCUACUCAUCGCAGCGGAACAAAGACAAAAGAUUUUAGCUUCUAAGUCUUUGACGUCAAAGUACAGCUUGCAAGAUCAAACCAACCCACCUACUCACUUAAAACAUCGCCGCGGUUUAAACCUUCGUCAUAAGAUCGACCGCAGUGCGCUUAUUACCGUCGGGGUGAUAUGUGCUGUAUUUGUCGUCGGCUGGUUUCCACUCUUAAUUCUUCCCAUUGUCCUUCGCUUUAUUAAAGAAGAUAGAAAACGUAUAUUGGAUGUAUUUCAGUGGGUUAACACUAUGGCACUUUGUUCCUCUGCGUGUAAUCCUAUGGUGUAUGCAGCAACAGAUAGACAGUUUCGUGAAUCGCUCAAGGUUACGUACCGCAGGUGGGCAACACGUAGAAAGGAUUUGGCCGCGAUUCCCAGGAAAUCGUCACCAAGUAGCAAACGAAGCAAUGAAAGUAGUUAACUGCUUGCUUGUCAACUGAUCGCGAGUUCUCAAGUGUGGGAUUCCUGUGUAUAAAGGGCUGUUGACAAGUGGAAACUUUCGUCCGUGCAUAUGCAAUUGCAAUUCGCACUUGUUUUGCAAUGCGGUAGCUGGGGGGGGAGCAAAGAACGUGUAAUUGCAAUUAGGAACACUGUACAGAAAAAAAACCGUAAGUGAACAAGUAAAUUUCAUUCUGCAACCGAGAACCGCAAACAUAAUGGACGAUUGCAAAAUAACUGGGAGUCUUUCUGUCACCGGCCCCUUGAUGGGCUGCAGCUGCUUGCAAUCAGAGUAUAGACACAAUCCUGAUUUCAUGCUGUUAUAGACUUACAUAGUGCAUGUUCAUAUGCAUGCAAGCUAUAUAAAUAGAAAAAAAUGCAUAAGAAAAAAAAUGCUACUGUCAGGCAGUAUACUGUUAAUUAAG